CGUGAAAACAUUGAGGAAGCAGGAACUAACACAAUAACAGAUCCAAUAACGGACAGCAUCAACAUCAAACUAUGCAACCGCCACCCAGAAAGGUAAAGGAGAGCCAACAGGUGAAACUGGUGUUCUCAGAGCAGCUCGGCAAAUUGCAGAGCAAACAACAUCAGGACACCGAGCUGCUGGAGGAGAUCAGGUCCUUCAGCAAACAACGAGCAGCGAUAGAGAAGGAGUAUGGUCAGGCUCUUCAGAGGUUAGCUGUCCAGUACCAGAAGAGAGACUGGCAAAGGGGAAAUACAGAUGCUAUCACAUCUGGGAGUGUUUUUGGAAUGUGGCGGUCAGUAGUGGAUGCUACAGCUCAGUCUGCUGCAUCACGACUCGCUGCUACAGAGGAAUACCGCAGACUGAUUGGACAGUCCUCCAGAAGUCUUCGCAAUGCAAAAGACAUCCGAACUAAGAGAGGUCUGGAGCGGCUCCAGAGGGUACAGGGGGAAGUGGUGGAUGCUCUGCGGGAGCUGCACAGGAUCAAGAAGAGUUACCAUCAACUCAGUCACAUCGCCAGUGUUGCCAGAGAGAAAGCUGGUGAUGCACAGACCAGAGCCAGAAAAAGUGAACAUGGGAUUUUCCAUUUUAAGUCAGGACUACAUAAGAUGGCUGCUAAGCUCAGUGCCAGGUUGAGAGAGUGUGACGACCGUUUGACUGAAGUCAGAAACGAGUAUCUGCUGGCGUUAGCAGCAGUCAACGCUCACCACCAACACUACUAUUCUAAUGACUUACCACGUAUUAUGGAGCAAAUGGACGGUGAUGUUUAUGAAGAUCUGAGGAGCCAUUUUACCCUGUUGUGCGGGACAGAGAUGGAUACCUGUCUGACCAUACACAAACAGUACAGCAGGAUAUGGGAGAGUGUUGCUAAGGUGACCAGAGAGAGAAACGUUCUGCAGUUUCUUCAAGAAUCGGUCUCCUUCAGCAAAACAACCGAAUUCACCUUUCAGCCAGCUCCACGUGACAAGUCAUCAAAAAAAGUCUCAAGACUUCAUCAUCAAGUUAAGGUGUCCGCUCUACGGGAAGUGUGUGCUGCAGAAGCAGAGGGAUGUCUGGUUAAGGAGGCAAAGAAAUGGGCUACAAAAGCUGCUAAAGACUACAAGAUUAUUACCCACGGAGAGAGGGCCCUACAGACGUUAGAGAGUCGGUUGAAGCUGUUGUCGGGGGAGACGGGGCUCAGUGUGGAGCAGAAAAUAGCGGAGGUGCAGGACAGCGUCAGGAAAGCCAAGCUCAGCAGGGUGAAGGCCGAGGCCCGUCUGGCUCUGUUGUCGGACAGCGUCUCGGGAAUUGAACUGUGGCUGCACAACGCCAUGAACCAGGCAGAGGAGGAGCUGGAGAGAGAGAGACGCCUCAGUGAACAGAGGAAGUCUACUGAAGACUUUUCAGAGGAUGAGUUUGAGUUGACUGACUUUGAAGACUACGAUGAUGAGAAUGGAGACAUCUUUGCAGAUCCAGUGUCAGCAUCCGGAGUGUGUGUUUACCCUGCAGCCUGCAGGGUCAUCUACAGCUACCAGGCGAGCCAAUCGGAUGAGCUGUCAAUCAUGGAAGGGGAGGAGCUUCAAGUGAUUGAGGAUGGAGACAUGGAAGACUGGCUGAAGGUGUGUAACUCAUGCGGUCAGGUGGGGUACGUUCCUGAGCGUUACGUGCAGUUCCUGUGUCUACCAGUAGAGGACACCACUCAGCUGGACAGUUCUUUUAGCUCCACCUCUUCCAUUGGGAAUAAAGAGAGGGCAACAAGCAGAGGUCACUGUGUAGCCAGAGCUCUGUACUCCUACCAGGCCCAGAGUGCAGAGGAGCUUUCCUUCCAGGAGGGGGCGCUAAUCCACCUGAUACGCUGCCGACAUGGAGAGGUGGAUGAUGGUUUUUGGGAGGGAGAGCUGAACGGACAUAUCGGUGUCUUCCCAUCUUUGGUGGUGGAGAUCCUCCAUGAUGAAGGGGAAGAGGAAGAGGAGGAUGAAGAGGAGCCUCUCCCUACCCCAACCAUGCCUUGUUUCUCUCCCCCUAUCACAAGCCCUUCAAACCCCGGCUGUAGUUCAGCACUCAGUGCUACUCCUCCCAGCGGUGUGGAAGACAAACAGCAGGGCUUUCCUCAAAGGGUUGGGGAUGUCACAAUAGAAACUGGCAGCAGCAGCCACAAUUCUCCAGAUCUCUCCAGCAGUCCAAGACCAAGACCAUGUCGGGCGCCUCCUCCUCCUCCAACACAGAAACCCUCACCUCAACCUUGAGACAAAGUCUGAAGUCACUGUCAAGGUUCAAAUAACUUGUAUUUGUUUGUUAGACACUUGAUGUGAACUUACAGCAGAAUCAUCCAUGCGUCCUUCAAGUAUCACUUCUUCAGAACAGUGGUAGCUCUAUGUUAGCAGAAACCAACUCAUCAGUGCAUCAACAUUUAAUGUAACAGUGAUAAACAUUUAGGUAGAAUUCUAAUUCAAUUCCAAAUCCUCUUGUAAUUAGGAAAAAAUCAUGAAUAUUUACAAUCAUGGCACAUGAGAAAAGUCAAGUGUUGUUAUUUUCUUUAUAUUAAUUUGACUUUCAGUUGCAGAAACACUUCUUGAGGGAAUAUUAUAAGAAUAAGAAUCAACCAGUUUACACUAAUUAUCUGAUUUGUCACUGACUCUUCCACAAAGAAUAAUGUAUUACAUUUGCAUAAUGACUUGAUAUUACAUUAUGAGAAUGUAUUUUAUAAUGUAAAUGUAAUAUGUAAUAUGUCCAGGAAUUAGGUUUUUGUUUAUAUUCCAUCUCUACAGUAUAGUAUUAUUCAGUAGUAUUACUUUGCAUUUAAGUAAAAGUAAACUGUUUAAUCUUAUGCAAAUAUAUAUAUAUAUAUUAAUAAUUAAAUUAAUGAAUUAUAAAUGUCCCUGUUUUGUAUAACUGUUUUUGUACUGUAAUUGUCAUUUGAUUAAAUUCAUCUUAAUAUUUAGAGAACCUUCACUCUCUGCUAAACAGCCUCAUCCUGCAUGAGAAAAGUUAAAACAACCAAAGAGCUCCAAAAACAAUAAGAAGAAAACCUCUGUCCAACUGAAGAAUGUUACAUAUGUGGGUUUGUUAUUAAUUAUCAAUACAUAUUGUAUAAAAGAUUCCCACAAAAAAUAUCAGGAUGAAAUAAUCAAAGAAAUACUUGUUUGACACAAAGUUCUUGCAGUGUUCAUUAUUCUUGUUAAUUGCACAGUUCAUCAGUUCUGUUACUGCUAUAAAUUAUAUAUAAUACGAAAUAUCCAUAAAA